AUUUACCCCUCCAUUAAAUUUAAUUGUACGGCACCCUACUUUGCCUGUUCUACUCACAUCAUACAGACUAAUUGCAUUGACAAAUCUGCAAAAGCCUAGUGAGGGAUUUGAAUGUUGCGAACAGAGGCAAGCAACCUUCAGCGGCGGCGUUCAACCUUCAGCUGCGGCGGACAACCAUCAGCGGCGGCGAGCAACAAUGAGCGGCAGAGAGCGACAAAGGUGCGACAGCAAGCGACGGUAAGCGGCGGCGAGUGGAAGGCGGGAAGGAGCGGCGACGGCAAGCUGUAUUUCAGAUCUGGUUUUGGACUUCAAGCUCGGUGUUCUCCCUCUCUGAAAUUCUUCUUCGUCUUCUCGAAUCCCUCCUCUCUAUUCCGUUUCUCUCUUUUCCCUCUUUGACAGUCCAUAAUCACUCGAUGAUGGCAAACACCUAUUCAUCUUCUUCAAUUGGUUUGUUUUUUUUAAAUGUCAAAUGUUAUUUAAAAAAGCCAAUAAAAUGGCAUUUUUACUCUUCUACAAUGCCAUUUUCUGUUUUGAAAAUGCCAUUAACAUGGAAUUUCAUAUUCAUGUUGGCAUUUGGAUAAACAUGUUGGCAUAAGUGGCGGUGACUGCCAGAUCUGUGGUGGAGGAUGCCAGAUCCGCAGCGGCAGCAGCCGGAUCUACGCGGCGGCGGCCGGAUCAACGGAUGCGGUGGCCAUAUCCACGGCAGCGACGUCCAGAUAUGACAGUGAAGCAGCAAGAUGUGCAGCGGCCGCCGGUUCUACGGCGGCUCCGGCGACCGGUGACCGGCAAAGGUCAAGUAUCGUGUUUUGCCAAGCUGCGAGGUGUUUCUGUCCAAGUCCAUAAAUUAACUCCUAUUUGGGAACUGAUGUAUAGUCUACCCGGGGUAUAUAUCCGAAGGGUUAUUACGGGAAAUAACUUAGAGAGAAGUCAGAGCAAGUAAGUAAAAGCAGAGAGAGAGUGUAUUCAGUGUGAAUGCCGUUUUCAGCGUGGUUACAAAUGAGGAAAUGGGGUGCUAUUUAUAGUAGCAAUAAAUGCCGGGCAGGGACACGUGUCAAGCGCUCAUUGGCCGAGUGGUCACCUCAACUGGUUGGCGCUGGCAGCCGCAUGUGGCCGCAAUUAAUGCGGCUGUUGGAUGGGACGUCUGUGCAGGGUACGGUGAUCUGUACGCAUGUGAGGCGGAUAUCUUGUCGAGUGAGAUGCCUUCGGCCAUAGAGCAGUAGCCGAGGGCUCCUCCAACCGAUGGCACCCUGGUGCCGAGGGCUCACAGUGCCGAGGGCUACUGUUUUCGCCGUUUUCUCCCAGUUUCUUAAUUUGCUUGAGAAACCCGUUCUGCGAGAGUUUAGAGCCUUCGGCCAGGGGGCUGAAGGCACCCCUGGCGCGUAGUGUGGGCUGCUUGGUACUCUGGGCGCUGUGAUUUGGGCCUGUUGUACCUUCUGGGCCUGUUGGGCCUCUAAAGGAGUAGUAGGAGUCUGUGGGCCGGGUGUUCCUGGGCCAUAUACUCCAUCAGGAGUCCCUCACUCCUUUUGCCGAAAGGUACUUGAGGGAAAAAGAGUAAUUUGUGCUUGCCCUUUGAUGUUGUCCCGUCAUGAUCUCUGAAGUUGGUGAGGAGUUGUUGCUUUUAUGUCCCUGCCGAAGGCAGUCCCUCAGUUACCCACAUGUCGGGACUUGAGGGCUUGUCUUGUCGUUUGUUGGAAUUUCACUGAUUUUGUAAUUUAAUGAUUUUCCCGAGGGGGUCCUCCAGUCCCCCACUCCUUGAGGCACUUGUAUAGUGGUGAAAAGGAGUAAAGUAGUUACGUUGCUGUUGUGGGCCGAAGGCUGACGCUUUUCGUUUCAUUUUGGGGGGAUGCCUCGUUAAAAAUCUCAUUAGGAAAAACCCUGGGCGAAAAAAUCCUAAUGAGGGAAAAAGAGUGCACCGAAUUCCUCCAAUGAUGAAUCGAAAAUGUGAAACCUUGGUCAGAAAUGGAGAACAACGGUAAUGCCGAAGGCUCUUCCUUGUUCUGAGGGCUCAUGUGCUGAUUAGCCGAAGGCUUGCUGUUGAUGUCCUGGGGGCGCCGAAGGGGAGCCCCUCAAUCCGGGGAUCGAGGGCCUGCCAGAUGAGGGCAGCAGUGGAGUUGUUACCGGGGGGUCCACUGUUUGUUGAUUAGUUGGUGAUGAAGAUACCCGAGGGCUCCCAUUACCUGUGUGCCAUGGGUCACCCGUCAAUGAGGCAACUCCCCGAGGGCUACCCGGUUUUGCAGUGCUGAGGGGGAAUCCCCGAGGGGUGCCCUGAUAUGAAGCCUUGAGUUUCUGAAGGGGUGAUCCCGAAGGCAUCUGCUAUGGGCUGUGUGGGGCACAUCCCGGGGGCGUCUCUGGGUAAGUGUACCCGGAGGCUCUCCUUGAUGUAGCGGAGCGCAGUAGAAAACCCGGGGGCUUCCAGAAUAUAGCCGUUGGAAAUAUAGCCGUUGGAAUACGUAACGUCAGGAUAUAGCCGUUGGGGGGGACACGUGGCGCGUGAUGGCUGGCUGUCCGUGGGCGGCAUCACUGGUUGGGUGAGGACGCGGUGUGUAAUGAUGGCGGUCCAUCCGGAGGCCCGGAAUCCAGGCCCAAGCCCGGAUUCCAUCGCCUAUAAAUACCCCAAGGCCAGGGCCAUUCCCCGCCGUGCGAACUCAGUGUAGCGAAGCUCUGGCAAAAAUUCUAGAGAGAGAAACUCCAGCCUUCGGUAACAACUCAGCUUUCAAGGUCAGUUCCCCCCCGCCUUUCUCCUUCUAGUCUAGCUGUGCCUUGUGCCCCUAGGUUAGGAGAUAGAAUUUCCUAGGAAACCUUAGUUUUCCCGAGCCUUUGAAUUAGUGAGCAGAUGUCAUCACAGAGCGACUCGCAGGAUAUCUCGGGGGAGCCUUCGGUAGAGAUGGAGACAUGCUCAGAUGUGAAGUCUUCGAGCGUGGAGUCCUCGGCAGGUGGUGAUGCCGCAGUGGCCAUGGAAGUGGAGAAGGACCUCCAGGCCGAAGUCGAAGCCGAGGGCUUCGAGCAAGAAAAUGAGGAUGAAGAGCUUGCCCUCGCCGUGCAAACCGCCGAGCAGGAAGAGGAGAGGGAGAGGCUGAAGGUGACGGUUGCCAUCCCCCCCCCCCCCCCCCCCCCCCGGGGUGCCGGGGAAGCCAGCUCCUCCCGGCCAUUGGACCCGACGCCCAUAAGUUUGGCUCCCGGGAAGAAACACAAGACGAAGGCGGCCCCGAGGAAGAAGCAAGCGACAGUGGAUGCCGGGCGGCCGGUGGGCAUACCCGAGGGCCAUUCGUUCUUGAAUACUGCCGCUCUAGAGCUGAAGACGAAGGCGUCCCCGGCAGAAUACCAGUCCACCCAGAUGCUGGUUGGACCUUCGGCGCGCGUGGUGGAGCCCAGGGCGGAUGAUUUGCUGCGAUACGCGCCCGAGGGGUGCUUUGCUGCUCACACCCUCUCGGUGGAGAUGGGGCUUCGGUUCCCGCUCCAUCCUUUUCUCUUGGAGUAUCUGAGAUUUGUGGGGUUGGCCCCUUGCCAGCUAACGCCCAACAGCCACUCCUAUGUGGCCGGGUUCCUCUCCUUGUGUCAGAGCCGGGGGGUCGAGCCCACACUUGAUCAAUUCUUCAUGUCCUUCAACCUUUGCCGGGGGGGACAUUCAAAUGCUGAGGGCUUUGCCAACCUUCAGCAGGUACCGGAGUUCCGGCUUUUUUAUGAUGUGCCCUCGUCUCACAAGGGGUGGAAAGAGAGGUUCUGCUAUAUCCGCCUCGAGGAGAACCCCUUCCCGGCCCAGCUCCGUUAAUUGCUUUCGGCGCCAUCCGAAGGUGGGGAACGCAGUUUUGGAGAAGAAUGGCAAAGUGCUUGCCAAGAAGCCGGAGGGGUCUGACAAGCAUGUCAAGAUCAGAGAAGUCACCCUUUCGGAGGAUUUGCUUAGCCUGGGCUUCCGGCAGUUCAGACCGAGGGGCUCUUCGGAUGAGAGAUACCCUCCCCUCGAUAGGGUCUUCGAAGGCGCCGGAGGUGAUCACCGAAUUGUUCACUGAUGCGUUGAUAGUUCUCUCUUAUUCCGCUUUUUUUUAUGACGUAGUAACUGGUAGCCUUCGAUCUAACCCUCCUGUUUUUUUUUGUUACUUGCAGGUAACAAUAUGGACGUUGGUUCCCUCUUCGCUUUGAAAAACGCGAAAGGGAAGAAGAAGGCCCCGGCGGGCGCUUCUGCCAGGGAGGGGCCCUCUCAAACUGCUGGCGCUGCUGCUGGCGCCGGAGGGUCCAAGGGUGUUGGGCCCGUUAAAAAGAAGAUUGCUGGAAAGGGGACCGAGCCCCCGGCCAAGAAGCCGAAGACCACCGCCCCUACCAAACAACCGAUCACCGAUGUGGUGGUGAUUGUGGACGAAGGGCACGCUUCUGCCUCCACCCCCCAGGAACAAAUCAAUCAGGAGUUCUUUGGGCGGGAGAGGUCGGAGGCGUUAGUACCGAAGGGGGCCUCCGUGUUGGAGGGCAGCUUGAACCCUUCGGCUCUGAUGAGCCAGAUGCUGCCGUCGGCCGACCGACUGGCCCUUGCCCGGCUGGACGAGGGAUCCCUCGAGGCGAAAGUCCUCCUGAAUGCUGCCUCCACUUUUAUGGGCCUCUGCGAGCACCUCCGAAGGGUGGAUCAAAUGAGGGAGGCCAAGGGUGCCGCCGAGGGGGAGGCCGUCCUCCUCAGGAAGAAGCUUGCUGAAGCCGAGGACUCUCUCCGUCUGGCCACCGACGACAUGGAGCAGAGGGUGCAGGCUGCAAGGGCCGAAGGGGUCAAUGAGGGGCUAGCCAGGGCCGGGGAGGCCGCCGCCGAGGCCGCCCGUAUUGCUGCCGAUGAAGCUCGCGCGGCUCAAGAAGAGGCCGUCUCCAAGGCCCGAGAGGAUGCGGUGAUCAGCUUCACGGCCGAAGGGUGGAAGGCCGAAGACCGGAGGGAGUGGCUCGCUUCGGUGGUGGGGGCUUCAGUAGACGAGUGGGUCGGGGGCCCCGGAAAGAUGUGGCUUGCCGAGAGGGGCGACUCGUACUACCAAGGCGGGGAGUUCUUCACCCAACGCCUCAUCUACCGGAAGCUUGCGAAGCACUUUCAGGUGGCACCGGAGGAGUUCCGUCCAGAAGCUUAUGGUCUCCCCCCCCCCCCCCCCCGCGCCAGCCAGAUGUCAGGAUCCCGCUCCCCGAGGGGGAAGAGAGGCCAGUUCUUGAAGACUCGGAGACCCUCCGGGAGUGCGGCCUUGGGGGUGAAGAAGAUGAAGCCGAGAGCGAGGCGAUGUCCACAGUACCCCCUUCUUGAAUUGUAAUCCCCCCUUUUGUGUUGUAAUUGUUGGCCUCGGCCUCCUUUGUAACAGUGCAUUUAAA